AUGGAACAUAAAAGACGCGGGGCAUCGCGACAGCCCUGGCAAUGUCUGGUUUUCGUCGCUCUGCUGUUCUCUUUGAAGGGAUCUUUUGCGCAAAUAAGGUAUUCAAUUGCUGAAGAAAUGAAGGACGGGGCUGCCGUGGGAAACAUCGCAAAGGAUUUGGGAAUUGAUCCACGAACACUGAAAGAACGAGGAUUUCGUAUUGUAUCAAGCUCAAAAGAAUCUCAUUUUCAGAUUGACCAAAAUGAUGGAAUAUUGUACGUGAAAGGGAAAAUAGAUAGAGAGGAGGUUUGUGAGAGAAGCAGCGUGUGUUUGAUCGAUGUCAAAACCGUUUUGGAAAACCCUCUAGAAAUUCAUUAUGUUGCUGUGGAGGUUGUGGACGUAAACGAUCACGCUCCUAGUUUUCCCGAGCGAGAGAAAAGAUUGGAGAUAGGAGAAUCUGCCAUGCCAGGCACGCGUUAUCAGCUUCCUGCUGCCCGUGAUCCUGAUGGUGGCACCAACUCUGUACAGAUGUAUAAACUAAGCACAAACGAUCAUUUCCGUAUUGAUGUUAAGGAGCGAGACGGAGAUCGAAAAAUGCCCUUUCUAGUUAUACAGAAACCGUUAGACAGAGAGACAAAACAGUUCUAUAAACUACAGCUCACUGCAAUUGACGGUGGUCGUCCGCCAAAGUCAGGCUCCAUGAAUAUAAUUGUUGACGUGCUGGAUGUCAAUGACAAUAUGCCUGUAUUCACAAAGGAGGUAUACUCAGUCACUUUGAAUGAAAAUUCACCUGUAGGCACAACAGUUAUACAAGUAAACGCCACUGACUUGGAUGACGGUCCAAAUGGAGAUGUGUUCUAUACAUUUGGCAAUGACGUCGACAGCAAGUUGCGGGAACUCUUUGAUUUAGAUUCCAUUACAGGUAACAUACUCGUGAAAGGGAACAUAAAUUUUGAAGAACAAAAAAGCUAUGAGAUAGACAUUAAGGCAUCAGACAGAGGUGCCAUUCCUUUGACAGCAGAUAAAAGCGUUAUAAUCAAGGUGGUUGAUGUUAAUGAUAAUGUUCCAGAAAUUGACGUGACAUCAUUCGCCAGUGCCAUUCCUGAGGAUUCAAGACCAGGAACAACAGUUGCACUUAUAAGCGUACAUGAUCUAGAUGAUGGCCAAAAUGGUAAAAUAUCCCUUUCACUUCCCGACGAUAUAGCUUUCAAAUUAAUGCCGUCAACGAAAGAUAAUGUAUAUUCUUUGGUGACUAAAUCCCCACUAGACAGAGAAAGCAUGUAUGAAUAUGACAUUGUAUUAGUUGCUAAGGACGCGGGAGAACCUUCCUUGUCAUCUAUCAAAACAAUUAAGGUAAUAAUAUCGGACGUUAAUGACAACCCUCCAGUAUUUUUAUUCACCCCAUAUAUGUUUUAUGUAGCAGAAAAUAACAUUCCAGGCGAUUCAAUGUUUUCUGUUUCCGCAUUUGAUCGCGACUUCAAUGAAAAUGCACUUGUAAGUUAUCAGAUAUGUAGAGACUGUGGUGAUGACAGUAAAUACACAUCCGCCAUAAACAUUAACUCGGAAAAUGGGAUGGUGUACGCAUUAAAAAGUUUCGACUUUGAAACAGUGAAAACAUUUAAGUUCCAUGUACUCGCUACAGACUCCGGAACUCCAGCGCGCAGCAGCAACGCCACAUGUAGCCCAAGUGUAACAGUCUUUAUUCUGGAUCAGAACGACAACUCCCCCCUGAUUCUGUCCCCCCUCAGCAGCAACGGCUCUGCUGAAGGUGUGGAGGAGAUUCCCCGCAAUGUAAAUGCUGGACAUUUAGUGGCCAAAGUGAGGGCCUACGACCUCGACGUAGGAUACAACGGGUGGUUGCUAUUCGCACUGCACGAAGUUUCUGACCACACCCUCUUCGGUUUAGACCGCUACACUGGUCAGAUAAGAACCCUUCGGCCAUUCACAGAGACUGAUGAGGCUAAGCACAAACUGGUCAUCUUGGUAAAAGACAAUGGAAACGUAUCACUGUCAGCCACUGCUACUGUACUUAUCAAUCUUGUGGAGCCCAGAGAGGCAUUUGCAGCUUCAGAUGUUCAAGGCAUCCUGAAAGAUGAGGAUGAAAACAAUGUGACAUUUUACCUAAUUAUCACACUAGGGUCAGUCUCUACCCUCUUCCUCAUCAGCAUCAUUGUACUGAUCGUCAUGCAGUGCUCCAAAUCAACAGACUAUUCAUCCAAGUAUUUGCAGGAGACAAACUAUGAUGGAACUCUAUGCCACAGCAUCCAGUACAGAUCUGGUGAUAAAAGAUACAUGCUGGUUGGGCCCAGGAUGAGUAUCGGCUCUACUAUAGUUCCUGGCAGCAAUGGGAAUACACUAGUUGUGCCAGAUCGCAGGAGAAGGGCAUCUGGAGAGUGGUGGCACAUCAAUCUCUAUAGUGCACAGAUCAGCACAUGUGAGGGCCUGGCGGUGUGA